AUGAAGAGGAUACAAAACAACAGCAAAGAAAGAGCAAUGUACGUCAACAACGAGACAGAGAGUUGGCUGCAAUGUUACUGCAACGACAAGUACAGGUGUGGCUAUUACGGCGCCAGGAGACUCUACACGCUCAGGAAGUCCAGAGACUACGUGGAGAUCUGCGAAAAGCUGCAAUAUGCGUGA